AUGGCGCUGCUUUCCGACGAGCUCCCGGCACCUAACGUGACGCGUGUCAGGAUCCGGCCGCAGGGCUGCGGUCCCGGGGCGCUGCUCGACCGCUUCGGGGUCUUUGUCCAGGCGCUGCUGGCUCUGGUCGCCUUCAGCACGCUGAUGCUCAAACGAUUUAAGGAGCCCAAAGAAGAGAGACGAUCUUGGAGAAUAUGGUUUUAUGACACCUCCAAGCAAGGCCUGGGAGCUCUCUUCAUCCACUUCGCCAACGUCUUCCUGUCUGAUCUGACGGAAAAAGAUCCAUGCUCUCUUUACCUGAUGAACUUCAUCUUGGAUGCCACUUUGGGAAUGCUGUUGAUCUGGCUCGGGGUAAAAACGGUCUCGUGGAUCGUGGCGUGGUGUCAGUGCGCCUAUCUUGUCUUUGGCGAGUACGGGGAUCCACCCCAGGCAGCUGCUUGGAUUGGCCAAUGUUUUCUCUACUUGCUCAUAAUGAUCUUUGAGAAAACGGCAGUCGGUCUCGUCUUACUUAUUCCCGGUUGGACGAAGCUUCAGGAAACCCUUCUGGAUUACAUCCCUUCUCCUCAGCUGGAGCUGGUCUUGGUGAUUCUUGUGGUUCCUUUUAUAGUCAACGCUGUUAUGUUCUGGGUUGUGGACAGCUUGACGAUGAAAAAACACAAGGGGAAGGAAAAGCUGGAAGUCAGCGUGGGGGAAUAUCCUGAAGCUUUGAAAGAUGACGACGUCCAGGUCCUCCUUUCUCCCACUUUGGAUUUUGACCGUUCCAGGAGUGACGUCGAUCUCCUGGCGCCUCUUCCUCAAAGCGGGAGCCCAAGCUUAAAAAACUGAGUUUAUUGAGUGGCCCUUCAAUAAUUCCUAGCUCAACAACAGCAACAAAAGAAACUUCAUUUUAGAGACCACACUGGAGAGACUUUACAAUGUGAAAUAUCCUGAGGUGGGCUGACCCUGUGGCCUGCCGCAUUUUGUAAUAGGGCGCUGGGUUGUCUGAGGGGCUUAAGAUUGUGGUUUUUUGGUUGUGUAUUGUGCUGCUGAUUCCAGAUGAACUGUUUAUUCUGGCUGGCCAGUUGGCGAAAGUUUCGGAUUGAUUCUACAUUGUAGCACUUUUUUAAAACAAAAAAAGAAAGAAAGAGAAAGAAAGAAAGAGAAAGAAAGGAAGGAAGGAAGGAAGGAAGGAAGGAAGGAAGAAAGAAAGAAAGCAAACAAGAAACAGAGAGAAAGAGAGAAAGAGAGAGAGGGAGGAAGGAAGGAAGCUAACAAGAAACAAAGAGAGGAAGGAAGGAAGGAAGGAAGGAAGGAAGGAAGGAAGGAAGGAAGGAAGGAAGGAAGGAAGGAAGGAAGGAAGGAAAACUGAGAAUCAAAUUGAAUUUGCCUUGGGCAAACCUGAACAACUCACAAAAGCACAAAUCACUUGUAAAUAGAAUCUGGUUACAAAGACUGUAUUUAAAAAAAAAGCAGUACUGUUUGGCCAUAUUGACUCAAUUUUUUUUUUUUACUCCCAUUUUGUAAGAAUAAUAAAUAUUUCCUAUUCAAAUGGCUACGGAAUUAUAUUAUAAUAAUAAUUUUUAAUAUAACUAAUUAUAAAGUAAUUAUAAAAUUAUUUUAGAGCUUUAUAGUAUAGAACAGUGGUGAAAUCUGAACCGGUUUGCUACCAAUUCGCUGGCCGUGCAUGUGCCCUGUGUGCCCAGCAUGCCCUGUGCACACACAUGAGCACCAAACACAUGCUGCGUGCACAUGUACAAUGCACACCAAAUGUGCACUACGCAUUAAAAAAAGGUACCAAUUUGAUCAAACUGGUAGUUAGCUACCAGUUCGGUCGAACCGGUAGUUUAAAAAAGCUACGAUCCGAUGAUCAGCUUUGCCGAUGAUCAGGAUUUCCUGCUUUCUAGCAAAACUAAACCGGGUGGCACAGCUGAUCGUUGGAUCGUAGCUUUUUUUAACUAGUGGUUCGCCCAAACUGGUAGCUUUUUUUUUUUUACUACCAAUUCGCCCGAACUGGUAGCAUUUCACCCCGGGUAUAGAAUGCUGAUAGCUUGACAAUACUGCCAGGGGAAUUCUGAGAGUUUGAAACGUAUCCAUUGCAAAGUUGCUCAGUUUAAGAAACACCGGGCUAAGUUUGAGCCUUCAUUUGUAAAAUGGGAUUUGUGAUCACUUUAUAUAGCUCCAAGGCCAUAUUUUUACUACCGGUUCUAUGGGCGUGGCUUGGUGGGCAUGGUGUGGCUUGGUGGGCAUGGCAGGGGAAGGAUACUGCAAAAUCUCCAUUCCCUCCCCACUCCUGAAGGAAGGAUAUUGCAAAAUCUCCAUUCCCAUCCCACUCUGGGGCCAUCCGGAGAUGGUGUUUGCCAGUUCUCUGAACUGCUCAA